AUUUCAUUGCACUCCAACCGCUCCCCAACAGCCAACUCGUGCUUGCCGCAAUCUGCAAGGGCGCGCGACGUUGCCCUCUCACGCUUAGCUUUUUUGCGCAUUCAGGGUCGUUCCACAUUAGUAUUCGACAUAUAACCGAUUCCCUUUCAACGAAGUUGUAUCAUGCCUGCGGUUUUCUCUCGGACUCAACUUGAAGCGAAGAAACGCGCCGAACUCCAGUCGCUUGCAAAGGAGCAUAACAUCAAGGCGAACCUCAAGACAGAUGAACUUGUCAUAGAAUUGCAGAAAGCAAUGGAGAAGCUUAAGAAAAGUGGCCCGUCUACAACAACUACGACGACUGCGAGGAGGGUGCCCUCGGCAUCUGAGUCGUCCUCUGGAAGACCUCGAGUCGUGCCAGGCACAUCCAAGAUUCCUGGCCCGUCAAUAUCGACUUCGUCGAAAUCUGUCGCCAGGUCCAAACCUGGGGGGUUUUCUGUUAAAUCGAAGGGCAGUAUCGUGUCGAGCGACGAGGAGGUACCACCUAAGCGACCAGCGCGACGUCAAGCCUCCGCCAAGCCCUCUAACUCAACAACAUCCCGCCCCGCCGGUACAUCGUCAAGAACACGCAGGACACCCGCCUCUGUUUCUGGUGGAGGGAAAGGCAAGGCAACGGAGAAAGAAGAACAGGGGCGUCCUCCUUCAAGUAAAGACACUUCAGCUUCACGCCAAUCCCUUGGUUCAGCUGGGGUGAUUGUAGAGAUCCCUUCUCGCCGUACCUCCGUUAACCACACUGGCUCCGGAGCAUCGCCUCAGACGACAUCCAAGCAGCUCGAAUCCCAGUCUGUUUCAACACAAGGACCCGUUGCAUCGACGUCUCAGACUGGACCUCAGCCUAUAAACCGUCCUUCGAUCAUAUCUGCGCCCUUCUUUGCGGUUCCCGCCGCACCUACAACCCCUUCAAAGAGUAGUAGUACCAGCACUCUUCUCGAGACUCUCAAAGGCUCGGAGGAGUUCAGAGGCAUUGCACUUGAUACUGAAGCCUCAAAGGUAGCCAUCAAUUCGCUCACCGAAUCUCUCCGCCUCGAGCGCGAACGCACAGCUCAAUUGCGCGAGGAACUUGAAGCCGUCAGGAAGGGCAAAGACGCGGCUCUUGACGACCUAAAGACUUUACGAGAAGAUUUUCUUGAGUUUAGGAGGGUUGGCGAGACGUCAACGCGGCAGACUGAGGGAUUGAUCGAGUCAUUGAAGGCCACAGUUCACGCUCUGGAUGCGUACGCUCGUGGGCUGGAGGGUCGAGUGAAGACGCUUGAGGAUGAUAAGGAGAAUGUAGAGGGGACGCUCCCGCCUCCAGCGCCACUAAAUCUCGGAAAGAGGGACAGAGAGGGUACGCCACAGAGGUCCAGAGGCGAUGAAGAAAUUGCACCAUCGCCAUCUGGGCAGCCUAGUCCAACAAAACGCGCGCGGACUACUGAGCCGUCGCAAGAAGAGCCCCCUGAACAGCGGUCUGUGAUUGAGGAGCCACCUGAAGAGUCCGCUUCCACUGACAUCAAUCCCACCGGCGAGAUCGCUCCUGCCCCUGCGACACAGGAGGAACCGCAAACAACCAUUGCUGGGACCAAUGGGAAACCAGCCCUCUUGUCACUUGGACGACCUUCUGGCCCUCCAGUUGUGAAUGACGAGCCUCCACAAAGCAGCCCCAUAACAGCUUACUUCUCGUCACUUGUACCUCCCCCCAACUACCAGCACCCCCCUUCGCCCCAAAUCCCCAAAGAAUCACUUGUCCCUCUCCCUUCUUCCUCUGCUGAACUUAUUCAACCACCCCUCUCAGCACUUCCCUUCCCCCUCAUCCCAUCCAAACCGCUGACCACUGGUACAUCAUUAGGCUCCGGGUCCAACGGCUUGAAGUCAUCGAGGAAGGAUGGUAGCUCGGGCCGCUACAAUCCUAUUGCCCGUAGAACCCCUCGAGGAAGCACAGCAGUGAGCAAGGCGGAUAGCUCUGUAUCACCCGCCAAUGUUGGAAAUACAGGUGCCGUUUCCUUCGGCUACAGCGUCGGUUCACCCUCAGCUAGUUCCACUCCCCGCUCUACCGGCGAGGUGUCCUCUCGAGACGAUGAUGGGGGCAAUGAUAGCGUUACCUUGAGCCCGCCGAAAAUGUCAUCUGCCCCCUCUCUUGGCACACUUCCUAUGCCUCGUUCCAACCCAUUCCGUGCUCCGUCCUUUGAGUUUGCACCACAACUCAUCAACACCGCUCCUUCCACAUCUCCGACGCGCGCCUCCAAUCCUACGUCCACGUCGAACGCCCCUCUCUCACCUGCUUUCUCCAUUGACAAUGCGCCGCGUGGAUAUGAUGAGGUUGGUGACUUCGGUUUCCAAGAGGAAAGCUACAUGAGUCUGGACUCACCACCUCCCCCAUCGCCUAGCAAGCGAACGAUGUACGGCACUGAAAUUCAUCCGCCAAUCACGCAAUCCAGCUCCUUCGGAGCAGGAGCUACGGGCAGCACUGGAGGACCGUUUUCGCUCUUUGGCAGUGUUGCUCGAACAGGGACGUCAUCCAUUUCGGCUGGCAACGCCUUUAGGGGCGGGUCCUUGCCACCUUUCGGAGCGACCGGUUCUAGUUCAUCGAAUGGAGGACUUCCACGCGCACCAGAGCCCAGGAUUGCAGAGCUGCCACCAGUAGAUGAGGAUGGGGGCCCAGAGAGAGAAAAUGAUGCUGCGUUUCAGCAAACAGAAACCACUGGUGAUGGGGAGAUGCGCAGAAAUCCAAGAGCAAAUUACGGCCUUGAUGACCCGUUGACAUGGGGUUCACCGAAGCGACCGAGUUCGUAGGAUACAAUUACUUUGUGACAUACACUUUUUCUUCUAUCGUCGAUUUUUAAUCAUAACUCCGCGAGUGGUGCUGUCGUUUGACACCAAUCACUGACUCAUAACGUGUCACCGUUGCUAGGCCUGUUGUCAUGAUUGAGCGACGUUUUGGACUUCAUGUGCGGGAUGAAACAACACGAAUCCAUAAGAUGGACACGGCUCGACCAAU